AUGCCAGGCUUCAACGCACACCAGUCUUCUCUACCUUAUUCCGACAUUCCAUUUGCACCCGAUGCACAUCCCACUAAUAUUCUGAACCAUACCCCAGUCAUACAAGAAGCGCACUUUGGAGGACAUCAGUCUGGGGCAAUCUAUCCCGCAGCCGAUGGAACCGAGCCUGAUCAUAAUGCAUCGCCACGCGAUCUGGGUACCCUGCAUGCACAUAGCAGCACCCCCUUUCCAUUCAGUAUGCAGACUCCAUAUCCCCCGUCUUUUCCUCCUUAUGCAGUGUUUCCCCCUCCUUUCAUGCCUUACCCCUCGUAUACCCCUCAUAUUUCCUACUGGCCGCCUAGUCUUCCUCGGAAUGAUGUCCACGGCGAGCGUCAAAGACCUGGCGGCACUCAGCCUCAUUCAGGCGAGGCCUCGCGAGACCUUGUGGGCGAGAGAACGACUAGCGAGAAGUGCCAUGUGAGUGAGGCAGACAAAAUAGUUGAUGCAUUGGACUGGCCCAGCAGUUCUGUGCGACGUGAGGAGCCCAUUAAUAUGGAUGACAAGAAAUGGAAGCAGACAAAAUGGCAGUGGCGAUCACAAGGAAACAGGCCUAGCAAAGGUGGUGCCGAAGUCCGUGUUUGCUUGGGUGUAUUUCAAUGCAUCACUUGCCUGUAUCUCAUCUGGCCGAAAAUGGACCCAGCUCAACGUCAAAUUCAACUCCAGCAAGGAUGCCGCAAUCCUCGCUGUCGUGACUCAAAGCUUGUCCUGCAUGCAUGUCAGGCAAAGGUGUUUCACUACAGAGUUACGCGCGAUGGGCAAGAGUUUCUAGUCUGGGAGCACGAGGGAGAACAUGCUCAUCCUCGUCCUCCCGGUGUGCCACUUUCGAAAGCCGAAGAAGUGGCUUUUGAUGCUCAGGUACUGCGACGUCCUGGAGCCAGUGCGCAUGAACUGCGCACCAGAGAUACUGCACCUGACUCUGUACCCCUCGCAGAGAUCACCCCAGUGCUGGCAAACCCGAGAGCUGCACGCUAUGAAAUGUCAAAGAGUCAUGCCCAUCUCGGUCUCUUGCCUGCUGCUGGCAAGGGCGCGUUCGGAGUCCUUCACUCCCUUGGUUCUCUGAACGAGAAAUUGAAGCAGGAGUUCAUUAUCAACUCAAGCUUCACUGGCCCAACCUUCUUCAUCAUGCAAACCGAGUUUAUGAAGCAGAUCAUCACGGACUCAGUGGAAGACUGGAUUCUUCUUGCAGCAGGUGGUCCAGAUGCUGGUCAUCAUGGAUUUGUGACGGAUGCAGACCAGUCUUUUUUUCGGGAUGGACAUCUCAUUGUCACUUGCACAUUUAGCACUGUGCUCUGCUAG